UUGUUAUUGUGUGGGGUUGUAGGUGCCUGUAAACGUUAAACCCUUUAUAAAGUUUAUUGUAGUUUAAACUUUACGAAAUCAACCACGAUGAAGAAUAAAGUUAGAUAUUUCUCUAGGCCAUUUACCUUUUCAAUUUUAAAAGAAAAUUAAUAAUAUUUGUUUAAUUAAAGCCAUUUCUUCAAAAAGGAAUUCAUAGUGUGUAUCCACUCAUGUAAACCCAUAUUCCUGCAGAAGUUAAGAGGUUUUCAGACCAGUUCUUGGUUCAAAUAUUUUUGAUUGAGAAGAGUCAUCUUAUCUGCACACGUUACAGCCUGGAUAUGUCUGGUCUCAAUAGUCUAUUCUCAUUCACAAGUCCUGCUGUGAAGAAGCUUUUGGGGUGGAAACAGGGUGAUGAAGAAGAAAAGUGGGCAGAGAAAGCUGUAGAUUCGUUAGUCAAGAAAUUGAAGAAAAAGAAGGGUGCCAUUGAAGAACUAGAAAAAGCAUUAAGUUGUCCAGGGCAGCCUAGUAAAUGUGUGACUAUUCCUCGUUCUUUAGAUGGUAGGCUACAGGUAUCACAUAGAAAAGGACUUCCUCACGUCAUCUAUUGUAGAGUCUGGCGUUGGCCGGAUCUUCAGAGUCAUCAUGAACUAAAGCCUCUGGAAAUGUGUGAGUUUCCUUUUUCUGCGAAACAGAAAGAGGUCUGCAUCAACCCAUACCACUAUAAGAGGAUAGAAAGUCCUGCAGUGUUGCCACCUGUUUUGGUCCCUCGUCACAGCGAAUUUCCACCGGGUCACCCUGUGGUCAGCAACUUUCAGCAAGUCCCAGAGCCUUCUAUGCCUCAUAAUGUCAGUUAUUCACACCAGGGGUUCACCUCUCCACCUCCUUCACUGAAUAACAUAUCCGGUCCUGCUGGAAUAGGUGUUCCUUCUCCAGGAUCUACAAUCAGUAGCUCAUCACCCAACAGCCCUUUUGGACUUCCUGCUGAAACUCCUCCCCCAGCCUACAGUCCCCAUGAUGAUAGUCAGCCUGGAAGUGAGAGCAGUCAUCAAGCAAUGGAUACUACUAAUAUACCUCCUGAUGACCAACCCAUCACAUUUCCUGCAGACGUGUCACCAGUCACGUAUUCUGAGCCCCAGUACUGGUGUUCUAUUGCAUAUUAUGAACUAAACUCGCGCGUUGGAGAAGUAUUUCAUGCUCAACAUCACAGCAUCAUCAUCGAUGGCUUCACAGAUCCAUCCAAUAACAACAACAGAUUUUGCCUUGGACUUCUAUCUAAUGUAAAUAGGAACUCCACAAUUGAAAACACAAGGAGACAUAUUGGAAAAGGUAAGUUAUAUUUGAUUACUUCCAAAAUUCCCUAUUAUGUCUUCACCAGUGAUUGA